AUGGACCCCCCAACGUCUUCUUUUGUAGCCAAUGAUGUCGCCUCAUCGAUCAGCCAGAACCAACUGCCCGGAAGUGAGAAUGGCGGACGCAACAGACACCCCGACUGGCUCCCAGAGGACAUGCAAUAUUUGAAAGGUUCCUUCGCAGGCCCCACAAGUUCAUCAUUGCAUCCAGGUGCUGUUCAUGUAUUAUCUCGACCACAACGUCAUCCAGAACACCCUGUUCGACGACAGCGGUGUGAUCCACCCGUUAUCGAAAACCCCGAUUCGUUUUGCAACAUGGAAACUGCGACAAUCGAAAAUGCAACGACCACCCCAGCAGCGGCCACCGACGCUACAACUGAUCAGUCCGCUACGCAAGGUCAAUCCGAAGAUGACGACAACACCAACAUCAAUGGAGAUGAAGCAGUCACGACCAACGUAGACGGAGCAUUCAUGGCCACUGCUGAAUUGGUCGAACCAGGUCCUGAGCCCGUCAAUGCAGUUGUCAUGGAAGAAACCGUUUGGGACAAAUGUAUUCCAGAUACGCGCACAAAAGUUGGACGGCGGCUUUGCUUUGCAAUUGUAAUCGUGUUGGUUCUUGUCGCCGUGACAGCGACUGCCACUAUGUGUGGAAGUGGAUACUGCAAUUCCAAUGUUGAUCAGCCACCAAUGAUUAGAACUGCAAGUGGGAGAUCCGACUUUUUUGCCAAUUCAAGUCCAACCGCCUCACCUUCGAAGAACGAUCCAGCGACUACCAUGCCGGCAAGUCAUACCUUCAAUGUUUCAGUCAGGUACGCCUUGGGUUCUGGCAACAGCCGUCAUCUGCUUCAAGGUCCAGAGCACUUGCGUGGUCGUCACCUGCAGUUGAACAAGCUCCUACCAUUGAAACACCUCAAUAUAUCGUCCAACGUAGGCUCUUGGUUUGUCUGGGAAAAGCAUAACGCGACAUCCGACGAGGACACCUCCACAACGGUCAACGUCACGGGCUCCUAUAGCAAUGCGACGAGCAUCCUGUUCAUUGCUGAAGUGGACUACUUCAACGAACUGCUGCAGAUGGCCUUUCCAACCAGCUAUUUGAACAUGACCAUUGUCGCCUAUACACACGAAGAGUUCACUUCAUUUGAAAUCUCAACAUUGGCCGGCCAUGUCUUUUUCGACCCUUUGCCUCCUCUUGGAUCCAUUUACGAGAAGUUUUUAUUCGACGCGGAGUACUUUCGAGACGAUGUUGUUCGCCCGAUUGGCGGACGAUUUGCCAAUCUCACACAAGUAAGUUUGGCACUAACUGGUGCUAGCUAG